CGCGCUCGCAGGACCGAGCCUCAGAGCUGCUGAACACACACAUCCCGCCCACCUCAGGCAAGGGGCCUCUCCUGGCCAUGUCUCCUGCAGCUGCUGCCGAGCCAGACGAGGUCCAGGGAGACAGGCAUGUCAGCAAGCUCAUUUUCUUCCUUUUUGUCAUCGGUGCCAUCCUGCUGUGCGUGGGAGUCUUGCUCUCCAUCUUUGGGUUCCAGGCGUGCCAAUACGAAACCUUCCCAGACUGCAGCAUGGUGCUGAAGAUCGCCGGACCCGCGUGUGCCGUGGUUGGACUCGGGGCUGUGAUCCUGGCCCGCUCCCGGGCACGACUUCAGCAAAUUGAGGAGCGCCUGCGAGGCAACAACCAGAGGAACUCCGACCGACCCUUCCUCUGUGGGGAGAGCCGCCAGUUUGUCCAGUGUCUCAUCUUUGGGUUUCUGUUCCUGACGAGCGGUAUGCUCAUCAGCGUACUGGGCAUUUGGGUACCUGGGUGCAGCUCAAACUGGAUGCAGGAACCACUGAAUGAGACAGACACAGCUGACUCAGAGCCCCAGAUCUGUGGAUUCCUGUCCCUUCAGAUCUUGGGUCCCUUGAUUGUGCUUGUGGGAUUGUGUUUCUUCGUGGUCGCCCACGUUAAGAAGAGAAACGAUUUGAAUGGGGCCCAGGAUGCUUCUGAAAGUGAAGAGAGACAAACUCAGAGCCUGGAGCCCAUCCAGGUGACUGUAGGUGAUGCCGUGAUCAUAUUCCCACCCCCUCCGCCACCUUACUUUCCUGAGUCUUCAGCCUCUGCAGCUGCCCGGAGUCCUGGGACUGACGGUUUGCUUCCAGAUGAAAGUCCACCUUCAUAUUACAGUAUCUUUCACUCUGGGUCCCAAACUCCUGAAGGCCAAGGCGCGGCCUCUGAGAGAGAUUGUGAAUCGAUAUAUACUAUUUCUGGGACCGCUUCAUCCUCUGAGCCCUCCCACACUCUCCAUCUCUUAUCUGAACUGCCUCCCAGAUACGAAGAAAAAGAAACUGCUGCAACCACAUCCUUGUCUCCAUCUUCUGAGCCUUCCCCACCAUGA